CAACAACAAAAAUCCAUGUAAAUGUACAUAUCUCUCUCCAAUGGAUGUUCAAAUUGAGAAGGUGAUUCAAGAACACGAACCAAUGGCUGAGACCAUGCCAAAUGUUAUAACGGCGAUGUCAUCUCUCCUACAAAGGGUUUCAGAGACGAACGACGACAUGAGCAGUCCGUUAUGGGAGCACCAGAGGAUCUCCUCUUUCAGUGCAUUGACCAGACCUUCUAUAUCGAUUAGAAGCUAUAUGGAGAGGAUCUUCAAGUACGCAAAUUGUAGCAACUCGUGUUACAUAGUCGCGUAUGUAUAUUUGGAUCGGUUCAUACAAAAGCAACCCUUUGUGCCUGUUGAUUCCUAUAAUGUCCAUAGGCUCAUUAUUACAAGCGUCUUGGUCUCUGCCAAAUUCAUGGAUGACAUGUGCUACAAUAACGCAUAUUAUGCAAAAAUUGGAGGAAUAACGACAGAGGAGAUGAACUUGUUAGAGCUGGAUUUUUUAUUUGGAAUUGGAUUCCAGCUAAAUGUGACGUUGUCUACUUACAACAAGUAUUGUUCUUCACUACAAAGAGAGAUGGUUAUAAGGACUAUGUACUCUCCUCUUUUAGAGUCUUCUUUCUUGACUUUCAAGAAUCUUCAAACGAGUUUGUAUGAGGAAGAUUCAUUAUCUAAUCAUCAGAAUAAGCAACUCACAACAGCUGUCUGAUACAUUAGAUUAUAUGUAAGCUUGUUUUGAAGAAAAUGUUACAACAUUUUUGAAAACUUCAAACUUUGUUUUUUUCAAAAAUUUCAUGGAAAUACAAUGAGAAGUGGUAACUUUUUGAAAUAAUGUACUAACAUGGGAACACCUAUAUUUACUGAGUUUUUUCACAUCUCAGAAAUAUGAAGUUUGUAUUUUGUAAUUAAUGUUUCAAGAACAAGAUAAAUUUGUUCAAAAGUAUACAGUACAUAUACAAAGUGGAUGUAUUUUUGCAAUUUUAAAUGUUUAGUUUACAGUUUUAUA